AUGGAGAGCAAAAGGGGCCUCCCAUUUGGAUUAUGGCUCAGAAUAUUUGUUGGAUCGAUUUAUCUGUGGGGAACUCAACAGUGUUGGUCUCUUAAUCAUGAAGGAUUAGCAUUGUUGGAGUUUCGGCUAAGAAUAACUUCUGAUCCUUUUGGUGCUCUGGCAAAUUGGAAUCCAAACGAUUGCAGCCCUUGCAAGUGGUAUGGUGUUCAUUGUGUUGAUGGUAAAGUGCAAAUCCUGGACCUAAGUAAGAUAUCUCUGAAAGGGACAUUGGCUCCUGAGCUUGGGAAACUUAGUCAUCUAAAAUAUCUUGUGUUAUACAAGAACAAUUUUUCUGGUACCAUUCCCAAAGAACUUGGAGAUCUAGAAAAGCUGGAGUUGUUGGACUUAAGGGGGAAUAACUUGACUGGAUGUAUCCCAGCAGAAAUUGGCAGGAUAUUGUUGUCAACACAAUUGUUGGUUUGUAACAAUAAAAUUGAACGUAGUGAUUCUCAAGAGCUGGGAAAGAUCAGAUUGCCCUCUUUUGACAAUUUUUCAUCACCUCUGCCAUGUGGAAAGAAUAGAAAGCUUGCAUGCUGCGUGAACAAUAUGUGGCAUAGAAAUAUCAAGCAGAGGAACACAGUAUAUUUAUUUGUUAUUCCAAUUAAAGGAGCACUCAGGAAAUACCUUCUUGCCACAGCACUGUUCAAGCUAGGAAAGGCUACCUGUCAUGGCCGUGAAGAGAACUACUGUGACAAUCUGACUAAUUCUGAUGAAUCAGAAAUUGAUCAGAAUGCAUCAAAUCUAGUCAAUUUUGCACGUCGCAAGUUACUUGAUCAGUCCAGUAACCUUGCAGCUGCACCUUUUAGUGGUGGACCUACUAUACAAAUCAGUUCUGUUCCAACUACCCUGAGUAGUGGAGCUUUCCCAGCGGUGCCAGAUGCCAAUAAGAAGCAAAACCAGUCACCUACAUUGCCUUCACCUUCAGAUUCUCCACACAUGAAUCCAACAAGUCAACAGAAUUCAGCUGAUGGUGCUGCUGGAAAAUUUUGGAAAUAUAUUAUUAUAAUCGCUGGUGUGGCUGUCUUGAUCAUUGUUAUUCUGAUCAUACUUUGCAUUUGGCGAAAACGAGCAGCAAAAGCAAUAAAGCCCUGGAAGACAGGAAUAAGCGGACAGUUGCAGAAAGCAUUUAUAACAGGGGUCCCCAAGUUGAAUCGAGCAGAGCUGGAGACAGCAUGUGAAGAUUUCAGCAAUAUCAUUAAUAGUUUUGAUGAGUGCACCAUUUACAAAGGAACACUGUCCAGUGGAGUUGAGAUUGCUGUAGAUUCUACUAUUGUCACUUCUGCCCAAGAUUGGACUAAGAGCAUGGAGAUGGCCUAUCGCAAAAAGAUUGCUACAUUGUCCCGUGUUAACCAUAAGAACUUUACCAAUCUUAUUGGUUACUGUGAUGAAGAACAACCAUUCACAAGGAUGAUGGUGUUUGAGUAUGCUCCAAAUGGAAGCUUAUUUGAGCAUCUGCAUGUCAAGGAAAUUGAACAUCUUGACUGGAGCGCAAGGAUGAGGGUUAUUAUGGGCACGGCUUAUUGUCUUCAGUAUAUGCAUCAUGAUCUAAAUCCACCAGUAGCUCAUUCUGGCCUCAGUUCAGUUUCUAUAUUAUUAACAGAUGACUUUGCUGCUAAGAUAUCAGAGAUCUCUUUUGGCAAGAAUGUAUUAUUACCAGCCAACCCAACUGGAGACGAAUCACUGAAAUCUGAGCUGCCACCCCAUGCUGAUCCUGAAACCGAUGUCUAUAACUUUGGAGUAUUGUUGCUUGAAAUCAUCUCAGGGAAACUACCUUACUCUGAAGAACAAGGCCACCUUGUGAGCUGGGCUGCUGAGCACUUGAAUGAUAAGCAAAGCUUCAGCUCUUUGAUCGAUCCCACGCUGCAGUCCUUCAAAGAGAAUGAACUUGAUGUCAUCUGUGAGGUGAUCAAAGAAUGUGUUCAAUCUGAUCCAAGGUUAAGACCAGCAAUGAAGGACAUAAGCAUCAAAUUGAGGGAAGUGCUUCGCAUAUCACCCGAGCAAGCUGUUCCAAGACUUUCUCCACUCUGGUGGGCUGAACUAGAGAUCUUAUCAUUGGAGGCCACCUAA